UUCUCAUUGGCCUCACCCACAUGCGGCUUAAGUCGGUUCUUUCUCAAUUCAACGCAAUCCAAAGGAAGCAUGCUUUUCUUUCUGAUUCACCAAGGAUGUAAUCGAGUUUCCGAGGCAGCAACAGUGCGCAGCCGCUGAAAUCAUGGCCCCGUCCGGCGAAUGUGCGCUUUAUGCCGAGCUGCUGGCCAACAUCCGGCAGAUUUCUCUUGCCGCCUCGCUUUCUUCACCAAGCGACGCCUCAACCCGAGUCUCAAUAUCCGCCGACUGCAGAACAGUCGAGCUGAGACAUCGCGGUGUUGUCAGCCAGCUGCAGCUCCCCGCGAAAGCAUCGCUCGGCGGCACGCUGCUCCCCAUCCAAGACAGGCAGAGAGGCACCACAACGCUCUCAUGGCGCCUCCCUCUCGAUGCAUCAUCGUCCCCCUCCCCAUCCCGGCAGGGCGAUGACGUGCCUUGGUCAGCGACAGACCUGGUCCCGGGUUCCGUGGUUUCCUGCAGAGCCUGCACCGCUGCUGUUGUUCCGGCUGGCGCGGUGAAAGCGUGGAAGGAUCUCCCCAGCGAGAACUGGGCCGAGAUGAUGGAGUUCUGGCAUUGCCACAAGCCGCAUCAUCACCACGGCCGCGGCCACAACCACGAGGGUGAAGAGGGCGGUAAAGCCGAUGAGCAAAGUCUUGCUGCCAGGGGCUACGGCGCAUCCUCAGCAAUCUCGGCUCAAGAAGGUGUCGGCUUUAUCGACCUCACCGCCCUGAUGUUUGCCGAGAGCGACUGCCGAGGUGUGACGUUCUCCUUGUCCACCUUCGAGCAGGGCUCCUCUGACAGACAGAGUGUGCCGUUGACUGAUCCCCCAACAUCCCCAACCCGCAACCUAAACAUCUUCUGCUCGUCCUGCCGUGCCCAACUGGGUUUGUUCAACUUCCGCACUGCCGCAGUAACCCUGCUCAAGUGGCAGAUCUCCUGCCAGUCCACGUUGGAUGCGGCUCCUGGCAUUUCGGAAUGUCUUGCCGCCACCCUCACGUCCACCAUUGCCCGGUCCGGAUCCUCCAAGUCGCUAAUCACGCCAAUACCGGAAACCGUCCUCGACGCAGAUGACACCGCGCUUCAUGCCUGGGUCCUCAACGGCAGUAUCGUGUACUCAUCAUCAGGCGGCGCGCCGCGGCCUACACCGGCCAUCAAGCUCCUCUACAGGCAGAUACACCGCGAGGAGGCCGACAGGAUGCUGGAUGCGGUCACCUGCGAAGCCCAGGAGAUAAACCUGCCGGCGCAAGCCCUGGGCGAAGUGGUGCGGCGCCUGGAGGCGAGCAACGGGUUGCUGCCGCCAACCGAGCGGGUGUUUAAGGAGUGGAAGGUCGGCUUGCUGACGAAGUGGGAGGCCAAGGUGUAGUCUAAGGGCAGUUGCAGUGUGGAGUUGUGGAAAGUAGGUUGUGCAUAGCACACACAAGAGGCGAAGAACAAGCCUCUCGAUUUAUUUGUUUACAUUCAGAGGUGUUCGCCGCCGAGCAAGGAUGCACAACACGGCAAGUACCUAUAUAUGGAAUAUGUGCUCCUAGCGCGGGACCAGCAGUACUCCGUAGCCUAGACCCCGACGUCUUGAGUUUUCUAAUCAACAAAUAGUGGAAGAUCAUAGUACAGAGCUCGAACAUCUUCA